ACGCAUUGUAUUCGCAUCGGUCUCAAAUAUCAGUACGACCGGUGUACAAAAUGCCCUACAAGGAAGUUAAACUUCAGCUGAAAAAAAUGGCCGUGGACGGGGGAGGAUUUAGUCAAUCUUUGUAUCAAGGAUCGGAUAAUGAAGAUGAUUUUCCGUGUUCUCCUUGUUUUAAAGAUGGUAAAAAUGUAGCCGCUAUCAAACAUUGUGUGGAAUGUGAUGUAAACUUGUGUCGAAAAUGUUUAGGUGAUCACGAUAAGUUUUCAGUAAUGAGAGGACAUCAGUUACGAGACAUGGUAAAACAGCUGAGCGGGAAAAAGCAGGAAUUCCCAAGUGAGAAGUGUGAGAGACACGGAGGAAAAUUGAUAGAUGUCUACUGUCCUGGUCAUGAUAGGGUUGGCUGCUCAACGUGUAUGACCAUUGAACACAGUGGCUGCAAAGGUAUAAGUUACAUACCAGACAUAGCUUGUAAAACUAAAACCUCCGAAAAACUAAAACUUCUUGAAGCUGAACUAAACACACUACAGUCUCGUUUCCACGCCUUAAAACAAAACAAGAAGGAAGAACUAGAAAAUGCGAAGAAAGAAAAAAACCAAUUGAUCAAAGAAAUAAAAUCAGAAAGGAAGAAAAUCAACGACCAUUUGGACAAGAUGGAAAUGGAACUUUUUCAAGAAGUGGAUGCCACAUUUCAGAAUAAAAUGCAAAAUAUAGAGUUAUGCAUGAAAGAAGUUGAUGCAAAGAUCGCUUCACUGCAGGAAAAUAUGCAAAAGAUCAGUGCUGCUAAACAUGAAAACGAAUCCGAAAAAUAUGUGCAGAUAAAACGUGUUAACGGGAGAAGAAAAGAUGCAAGCGAUUGUUUAGAAGACUUAGGAAGGUCGGGGAAAACAGGCAGAUUGCGGUUUGAACCGAACGGAUAUGUGACUGAUUCGGAAUGCAACUUAAUUGGAAAUGUUCUUCAUCUUCCAGUAAUUGAAGCAGAAAAAUGUCAUGUUAUUAAUAUACGAACAAAGGAUGACAAGGAAUCGUGCUAUAUACUUGACAUGUGCAUGUGUGAAGAUGGAUGUAUUGUUAUGACAGAUUACAACAAUAAAUGUAUAAAGAAAAUGAAUGAUUCCUUCCAGAUCAUAUCUUCGCUGAAUGUCACUGACAAUCCUUAUGGUAUUUGUCAGAUAGACUCUUCAAUACUGGCCGUCACUCUGACUAGUGAUAAGACAGUCCAGUUUAUCUCCCAGACAGACCCAAUGAAGCUUCAGAAAUCCUUCAAAGUCGCCGAUAGAUGUCGGGGUAUUGCAUACAAUGACGGAAUGAUUUAUGUUUGCUGUGGCGGAUCAAAGAUACGAAAAGAUGAAGGUGUCGGUCAUUUGGCGGUGUAUAAUAUUUCUGGAAAAUUGCUAGCAUCGUACUUUGAUGAGAUUAAAUGGCCUCAGUAUGUACAAAUCUCAAGCCUCAAAAUGGAAAUGUUUGUGAUCGACGCAUUUGAAAGUAUCCUUGUCGUUGAUAAAACCCGAAGUAUGAAACCCAUUACUGUAGAUAAGAGACUUUUUUCAAAUCCUAGUUGUAUUUGUGAGAUAAAUAAAAGUCAGUUCUGUCUUGGGUAUUUUCAGUCAAACAAUGUACUUUUAAUGUCAGCUAACAGAAAGGACCAGGUAGAGCUAUUGACAGCACAAGACGGUUUAAUAGAUCUCAUUGGUUUAUGUUUCGAUAACAAAACGUCAAGGCUCUUUGUUUCCUGUAAUAAAAGUGACACACUUUUGGUCUUUACUUUAAAGUUAAGCCAUUGACUUUUCUUAACAAUUUAUGACAUUUCUUCAUGAAAGCAUAGGUGUUUAUCUUUAAUUUUAUGGGUGUCACUGAAAACAUUUUGACCGAUGAAGAAGUGAGUUGUAGUUUAUUUUUGCUUAAAAUGUAUCAUGAAUUAUCAUGUUAUCUACUCGUAACAGGUUUGGUGGUUAAUUUGUCACUAUUCAUAGAGAAGGAAAAAACUUAGUUAACAAAGCUAUAAAAGGCAAGAAUAAUAGUGCAUUUUAUUGAUGUUUUCUUUCCAUAUGAUGCUACAAUAACAUCACACAUACUCUAACUUUACAUGUUUGCAUUGCAAAUUUCUUCAAAGUGAUAUUCUGAAAGAUUUCAAAGCUUCAUGUGUUUCAAAAACAGGGACCUUACAAAGGACAGAACAGAAAGGUGACAUAAGCCCGCAAAGGAUAAAAUGAUGGCCAGAGCAAAAAUGAUUAAAGAUGGAAAGGCCAAAUUAAUAACCUUGCAUUUUGCUUAUUACACGUAUCUAUUCUGUUGACAAAUCCACGAGAUAAAGACUUAAUCCUAAGGGUAUACACAUGGUCGAGUAUAAACCGGUGAAGUUUCAUAGGUACGUUUACUUUGCUUUGUCAGAAAAGUCAUAAAUGUUCUGAAAUAAUUGGGACUCAUAAUAUAACCAAUACGUAGUUUUGAGUAGCACAACAUAUACUUUUCAUCAUAUAUAAUUUUGUGUCAAUUGUUUCUUUGUAUAUAUGCUUUUGCAUAAUCCUGAGGCCAUAAAGCGAAAUAAAGUAUUUGUAUUGUGUUGUAUUGUAUCAUCAGGAAAACCAAAUAAUUGAUUUUUU